AUGUCUCUGUGUCUGUCUUUCCGAGGCAGAUGGAAGAUGGGGCAGAAGAAUUCAUUGGGGGGCUCCUCGCAGUUCCCCAAGCAGGACUACAAGGCCCUGAGGGAAAGGUGCCUGAUGGAAGGCCGCCUCUUUGAAGAUGACAGCUUCCCGGCCAGCCUGUGCUCUGUGGGCAGCGGGCCCCUAUUGCGGAAGCUGCCGCCCGGCCUGCAGUGGAGAAGGCCUCCGGAGCUGCACAGCAAUCCCCAGUUCUAUUCUGCUGACACCAAAAGGCUGGACCUGUGCCAGGGAGUGGUAGGUGACUGCUGGUUCUUGGCUGCUUUGCAAGCUCUGACUUUGCAUCAGGACAUCCUGAGCCGUGUCGUUCCCCUGAAUCAGAAUUUCACUGAGAACUAUGCCGGCAUUUUCCAGUUCUGGUUCUGGCACUUUGGGAAGUGGGUUCCUGUGGUGAUAGACGACCGACUUCCUGUGAAUACAGCUGGCCAGCUGGUCUUUGUCUCUUCCACUUACAAAAACGUGUUCUGGGGAGCUCUUCUGGAAAAGGCCUAUGCUAAGCUGUCUGGCUCCUAUGAAGACUUGCAGCGUGGACAGGUGUCUGAAGCACUUGUGGACUUCACUGGAGGGGUGACAAUGACCAUCAAGCCGGCAGAGGCCCCUGGCAACCUCUGGGACAUCCUCACCUGGGCCACCUACAGCAGAACCCUCAUUGGCUGCCAGACACACUCAGGGAAAGAGAGGGUGCUGGAGAACGGGCUGGUGGGCGGCCAUGCCUAUACCCUCACAGGAAUCAGAAAGGUGACCUGCAGACACGGACCAGAAUAUCUAGUCAAGCUGCGGAACCCCUGGGGCAAAGUGGAAUGGAAAGGGGACUGGAGUGACAGCUCGGGUAUGUGGGAGCUACUGAGCCCCAAGGAGAAGAUUUUGCUCCUGAGGAAAAGCAAUGACGGAGAAUUCUGGAUGACACUGAAGGACUUUAAAACACAUUUCAUGCUUCUGGUCAUCUGCAAACUGACCCCGGGCCUGCUGAGUCAGGAUGUAGGCCAGAAGUGGACAUACACCAUGCGGGAGGGAAGAUGGGAAAAGGGGAUCACGGCCGGUGGCCCGAUGAAGUCACCCCGAGACACAUUCUGGAAGAACCCGCAGUUCCUGCUGUCUGUCUGGAGCCUUCAGGAAGACAGGAGGUUCCCUAUGCCCUGCAGCGUGCUGGUGUCCCUGCUGCAGAAGCCCAGGCACAGGCACCGCAACUGGAAGCCUCACCUGGCCAUUGGCUUCUACCUCUUUAGGUUGAGCAAGCACUAUGGUGACCAGAGGAGACUGCCCUCUGAGUUUUUCUGGAAAAAUGCCCCCAUAAGAUGGCCUGAAGCAUUUCUCACAGAGAAAGAAGUAAGUCAGGAACUGCAGCUGGAGCCAGGGACAUACCUCGUUGUGCCCUGCACAUCCAAGGCUGGCCAGGAAGCAGAGUUUGUCCUGAGAAUAUUCUCCAGGAAGCACAUCUUUCAUGAAAUUGGAUGCAAUUCCAGUGCUGUCUUCUCUAAGGAAAUAGUAGACAAAAAUGAAGGGCAGGAUGAAUUCUUCACUAAACUCUUUGAAAAGUGUCCAGAAAUAAAUGCAGUGCAGCUGCAGAAGGUCCUGAACCACAUGACCUGGUCAAGUCUGGGGAGUGCCCAGCCUUUCUUCAGCCUGGACGCCUGCCAGGGGAUCCUGGCCCUACUGGAUCUUAAUGCGUCGGGUACCGUGAGCAUCCAGGAGUUCAGGGACCUGUGGAAGCAGCUGAUGCUGUGUCAGGUAAGAGCGUGUCUUCACAACAUGUCCCUGAGGGAGGGGCAGAGGCAGCAGCUCUGCAAAUCUGUGUUCAAUGCAGGAAUCAUGCUCAGCAAUGACGUCUGCCAGCUGAUGCUUAUCCGCUAUGGCGGCCCCAACCUCCAGAUGGACUUCGUCAGCUUCGUCCACUUGAUGCUGCGUGCAGAGUACAUGGAGGAUGCCUUUCAGAACUUAACCCAAGAUGGCAAAGGGAUCUACCUCCAGAAGCCAGAGUGGCUGAUGAUGACUCUGUACUCCUGA